AUUGCCUGGCCGUGGAGUUGGCGAGGGGCUGGCGGAUUGUCACGCCGGCUGUGACAGUUUGUGACAGUGUGUUUUGAGUGUCUUAGCCGGGCUGGGGAGGUGAGGUGAGGCAGUAUGGGAUCCAACAGCAUUACUACGGCUGCGCGGGCAAGAUGUGCGGGCUGUUUGUAUGCCCCGAGCACAAGAUGUAUGCUGUGGAUAGUGAUAUUUAUAGUUCAAUCAGUCUUGAAGCAUGUGGACCAGGAUGGCAUGAUGUAAGACGAGCAAUAGCCAAUAACAGAGCCUUGAGGUGAGAUUCAGCUAAAACUGUCAGCAUACAAAAACUCAGUCAGAAAAUUUGGCAUAAGUGAAUAUGAGAAUCCAAUUUUGGCUGUCUACCCUGCUGUCAAAAUUGAAAUAGAUAAAAAUGUAUUUAGGAUGCAUUCACAUUUUUAUUUGAAUCAUAUCAAUGAAAUAUUUUAGAUUAAGGUUGGCAUCACAUUUUUAUGUGCAAAACCUUGGGGGGAAAAUUAAUAAAAUGUUGGGCAGCUCGAAUGCUGCCCCUCCGUCAACCUUCAGGCUAUAUUUGCAUAAUAACCUGUUUUUGUUUGUGCUAGAGCCUACAUGUUUUACAUAAUCCAAGUUUUUCUAAUAAUUCUCAGUACCUAUCAAAAAUGUAGGUACUUACCUUCUUUAAACUAGGCCAUAGCUUUGACCAUACCUGACAUCUAGUUAGAAACUUGACAAUGUUUUUGGUUUGCGGCAUAUAGGCACUUACCCAUUUUCAUGCUUUCCAUUGUGUAGGGUGCCGUGUACCAGGCUGUGUGUCAUUCCUGCCUCUAAACCAACUUAAUUUUAUUAAUCUUAAGUGAAUUAUCAUAUAAUUUAGCCUUUUAAAAGUACUUUAGUUCAUGCACACCUACUUAUUGCAUUUGUAUAAUCACAGUCCGAAGGCAGGUGUUUUAAGGGUUUUAAUGUUUGAAUAUUGUUGAGAAAAGAACAGUAGAAAUAAAUGUCAGGUCUCAAGGUGCUCAAUAAGAGUGCUUAUCAUUGGAACCUGUCCUAAAUAUGUUAAGAUUCAAGAAAUGAUCAAUAUUUCAGAGAUUAGGGAAAAGUAACAUCCAGUCAUCUCAAUGUAAACUCUGUCAGCUGACAUCACCUGGUUGAUGGAAGCUGCGUGACAGAGUCCGUGUGCCACUGGCAAAGUAUGUGACAGCUGAAGAGGUUUUUGCACCUCUGCUGCCAAGGGCGCCCCCGGGCGUCACCUGGCUGGAGCCGGGCCACCGGCCGCCUGCUGCCAUCUGUUGCCAGCCCUGAGAAACUGUCCGACAGGCGAGCGAUGCUAGACGGGUGCGGCCGCCGCUGGCCAGAAAUUAAUGACCUCAGCCGCCGAACGAACAUAUCAACGAGAGAUUCAUGAGGGAUAACGGAUGAAUUACCCCGUUUACAUGAGUCAUUCAGCCUAAACGGAAAUAUCCGAUUAGCCAGGGAACGGAAAAAUGCGUUUCGGUGGCCCCGUUUACAUGAGCCUUAUCGGAAAAAUCCGUUCCGGAACGGAUAAUUCCCUUUACGCCGGCAGCCCGAAAAAUACGGAUAUUUUGCGCAUUUUUACAUAUCUGGCGCAGCUCUGACAGUUGACCACACUCCAGUUCAUAUUUUCAAGUUUGUGCCGUUUGUGGCUUGGGUUGAUGCAGGGUUGAUGUGUACAGGAUAUGUAAUUUCACAGGCUUAAACAUGGAAGAUUUUGAUAUUUUCAUGGCACAGGCGAUGAUUUUAUUAGUGCUGUGUAGGCGACAUUUGGUGAACUGCCAGAAGGCAGUUUACCAUUUGGUGUCUAGGACGAGAAUGAAGAGCUGUGCUGCAACCCAGCAACGUCUGAGAAAGAAGCGCAGGUUAAUAAUCAAUCUUUUGAUGGACCUCCAGCAAGUUCAGAGACAGCUUGGAAAUGGUGGGAGGAGGUGGAUGCUGCCACGUCUCAGGAAGCACUGGUUCGAAAGAGAAGUGAUGCAGGUAUGGGAAGAUGAUCGCUGGCGGGAAAACUUCCGAAUGACGAAGACAUCCUUUUUGAAGCUUGUUGACCUCGUACGCUACAAGAUGGAGCCGAAACCGACAGCUGUGAGGGAACCCAUCCCAUUGGAGAAGAGAGUGGCAAUGGCAUUGUACAACCUUGCCAGCAACAUGGAAUACCGUGUCACAGCCAACCAGUUUGGAUCCCAUAAAACAACAGUGAGAAAACAUCUUCUGGGGUUCUGCUCAGCAGUUGUCGAGUGCAUGGCCGACUACAUCCAGCUGCCGUCUGCUGCCGAAGCCAUUGAAAUCGCAUGUCGUUGGGAGGCCAAAUGGUCGUUCCCGCAGGCCUACGGUGCUAUCGAUGGCACACACAUUCCAAUCACGGCACCGAGCGACGGCUUUCGGGACUACGUCAACAGAAAAGGCUGGCCUUCAAUACAGCUCCAGGCCGUCUGUGACGACAGAUACUUGUUUCGCAACAUUAACUGCGGCGCACCUGGUAGCAGCCAUGACGCAGGAAUUCUUGCGGCAUCUCCUCUCCAAGAUCAUUCGCCCAGAUUACCAAAGGAGCCAAGGAUGAUUGAGGGCGUUCCUGUACCACUCUGCCUGCUCGGGGACCCUGCGUACCCACUGCAGCCGUGGCUGAUGAAGCCAUACGCGCUGAGUCUGGCGUCGGCACAGAGCAGAGGCCUGACGGAUGAGCAACAGCAGCUGGAGGCCGAGCGGGAGUCCUUCAAUGUUUAUCAUAGCGCAGGUCGUAUGGCCAUCGAAUGCGCAUUUGGUCGACUGAAGGGUAGGUGGCGCAAACUGCAAAAGAGGAUAGAGGUAGACGUGGACAAGGUCCCUCUGAUUGUCUCAACGUGCUGCAUACUUCACAAUUUUUGUGAGACUCAGUGCGAGGUGUUUCACGAUGCUUGGCUUCCCAGUCCGGAUGUAGCGCGCCAGUACCCCCAGCCAGAUGGACGCGCGCACCCAGCGUUAAAUGAGCGGACUGCGCGUGACGCCAGAGACGCCGUGCGGGUGCACUUAGCGAGACACUUGCCACUCAGACAGUCCACUCUGCGCUUCUGAUGUGUGGUGUGCACUGCGCGGCGAUUAUUCAGAUUGAGUUUCCCGCCAGCUGUGUGUGCAGUUGUGAGCAGGAAAGUGCCAACGUACCAUGUAAGCAGUGCACUGUUCGGGACGUCGCUGUUGUAAACCGUGUUUACAUUGACCGCUGAAUAAACUGAUCAUCUAUA